AACCAGCGAUACCAUUUUCUUCAAAAUUGCACACCCUUUUUGCAGUCCUUUUGCCAAUGGCGUUCCCACCGAAAUCAAGAAGUAGAAGAAGAAGCCACAGCUGCAAAUCCAGAGGCUUCGAUUCCUGACAAACCCAGAAGACACAAAUUUCUUCUCCAAUCAUCGAACCCAGAAGCAGAAUCGUCUGUUUCUGAAUUCAAGAUUGAUAAUCGACUCUGAGAAUCCGUUCAUGAAGAACCCAUUUCGAUUUGCCCGUCUAUGGCGUUGUGUAAGCUUCUCCCGGUGUUCUACGAAGGGUUUGCCAUGACCCAAUCCACUUCUCUGCUAUCGCGAUUCCCGAAGAAAUCGCUGGCUUCUCAAAUCUUUCGCCAUUUCCGCUGUGGCGAGUUGCUCCGAGUUCACUUGCGUUUACUGAUCCUCCUCUCUUUGCCCUUCGUUUACUUCUUUCUCUCGAACCCUCGUCGCUCGGUUGCUCUCAAGUUCUUCGUCGUACUGUUGUUCUCAAUCGCCGCUUUGUUUUUCCUGAAUCUUGCAGUCCCUCGCCUCCCCUCUUCGAUUCGUCUGUUUCUGGUCCGAUCGUCACCAGUUAACCCGUUCUCGUCUUCCGCUGCGACGAAGGCUGCUUCGAAUGUUCGGUGGUCGAUCGGAUCGAAGCCCAAAUCGGAGAAACGGAUGGCGUCGGGUUCUUGGGUGAAGGUUUACAGUAAUGGCGAUGUUUACGAGGGGGAGUUUCACAAAGGGAGGUGCUCGGGGAGCGGCGUUUACCACUACCACAUGAGUGGGAGGUACGAAGGCGAUUGGAUUGACGAGAAGUAUGAUGGGUAUGGCGUAGAGACAUGGGCGAAAGGCAGCAGGUACCGGGGCCAGUACAGGCAAGGCUUAAGGCAUGGAAUUGGGAUUUACAGAUUCUACACAGGGGAUGUCUAUGCUGGGGAGUGGUCUAAUGGGCAGUGCCAUGGCUGUGGAGUUCAUACUUGUCAAGAUGGGAGCCGCUAUGUUGGGGAGUUCAAGUGGGGUGUCAAACAUGGAUUGGGUCACUACCAUUUUAGAAAUGGAGACACGUAUGCAGGAGAGUAUUUUGCAGACAGGAUGCACGGUUUUGGAGUUUAUCGGUUCGGCAAUGGACAUCGUUACGAGGGAGCUUGGCAUGAAGCAAAUAGGCAAGGGCUUGGAAUGUACACUUUUAGGAAUGGAGAAACCCAAUCUGGUCAUUGGCAAAAUGGGAUUCUUGAUGUUCCCAGUCUAGAAAAUAGCCAUCCAGGGUCUUCUUAUGCUGUCAGCCAAGCCAAAGUUUUCGCUGCAGUCCAGGAAGCAAGAAGAACUGCUCAGAGAGCCUUCGAUGCAGGAAGGGUGGACGAAAGAGUUAACAAAGCUGUAGCUGCUGCUAAUAGAGCAGCAAACGCAGCAAGAGUUGCAGCUGUAAAGGCUGCCCAGAAACAAAUGCAGCAUCAAGAGAACUUCACCAACCCAUCAAUCUUAGUGGUCUGAUCGUAAAAGUCCCGAAGUUUAGUACUCCGUCUGCCCGACGACCUUUACAGCAUGACGCUUUUUCCAAAAGGGAAGAAGACACAGGAAAUGCUGGCAAAUGGAUGUUCAUUUUUGUUCUGAAUUCUUUACCAUCCUAUAAGUUCUUCUCACCUGAAAGGUACCUGCCUGGAAACCGCCCGCACAGCCGUGCAAAGGAGCGGAUGGCUGAUCAAGGAGUAGAGAGGUUUAAUUCCCUCUCUCUCUCUCUCAACGUAUCAAGUAUUGUACAUAGAACGAGUUCACCCGAUAACGAGAACUCGAGAAGACUGGUAGAGUUGAGGUUUGACAUUUUGAUGUUACACUUGUGCUGUAAUUAGUUAUAUGUAUAGUAGUAGAUGAAGAAUGGAACUGUGGUGCCAAAGUUUUGUUGUAUAGUGUUAUAAAAAUCAGCCUGAGCUCUGGCCUUUAUGCCUUUCUUCUUCAACUCUCUUAUGUUUAUGCAGAUUUCAUUAUAUUCUUUCCUUCA